GAGGAAGCGCAGGCUCAAUCCUCAACCUGAAGCCGCAGGGCGCCUGGGACUUGAAGUCUCUUUCUCUUUUGCUACUUGACCCGGAAACCUGUUUUUGCUGUCGCGUCAUGCGUGGCGCCCGCGCAGAGAGGGAGGGAGGCGGGGACGCCGCGAAGCAAGGGCGGUCGGUGGAUCCGAAAGGCAAACUUCAGCCGGAGAGUAGGUGUAACCUGGCAGAUGAUGGCGCCCCCCGUGGCAUAGAGGUCCAGCGCCCUCCGCGAGCCUCAGACAAGUUCUUCCGUGGUGUCCGACAGAGAAAGUCCUGAUUAUUUUGAACAUGUUGGUGCGGCUAGCCAAGCUGUCCUGCCCGGCCUAUCAUUGCUUUCAUGCCUUAAAAAUUAAGAAAAAUUAUCUACCUCUCUGUGCUACAAGAUGGUCUUCAACUUCUGUUGUACCUCAAAUCACUACCCACUAUACAAUUUAUCCCCGGGAUAAAGACAAGCGAUGGGAAGGAGUGAACAUGGAAAGAUUUGCAGAAGAAGCGGAUGUGGUAAUAGUUGGUGCCGGCCCUGCAGGGCUCUCUGCAGCUAUUCGUUUAAAGCAGUUGGCUGCUGAACAUGAAAAGGACAUCCGUGUGUGUCUAGUGGAGAAAGCUGCUCAGAUAGGCGCUCAUACCCUCUCAGGGGCUUGCCUUGAUCCGUGUGCUUUUCAGGAACUCUUCCCAGACUGGAAGGAAAGGGGGGCUCCACUUAACACUCCUGUAACAGAAGACAGAUUUGGGAUUUUAACAGAGAAAUACAGAAUUCCUGUGCCAAUUCUUCCAGGUCUUCCAAUGAACAAUCAUGGCAAUUACAUUGUACGCUUGGGACAUUUAGUGAGUUGGAUGGGAGAACAAGCAGAGGCCCUUGGUGUUGAAGUGUAUCCAGGGUAUGCUGCUGCCGAGAUCCUUUUCCAUGAGGAUGGUAGUGUAAAAGGAAUUGCCACUAAUGAUGUGGGAAUACAAAAGGAUGGUGCACCAAAGACAACAUUUGAGCGGGGACUAGAACUACAUGCCAAAGUCACAGUUUUUGCAGAAGGUUGCCAUGGACACCUAGCCAAGCAACUAUACAAGAAAUUUGAUUUGAGGGCCAAUUGUGAUCCCCAAACCUAUGGGAUUGGACUGAAGGAGUUAUGGAUUAUUGAUGAAAAGAAGUGGAAACCUGGGAGAGUGGAUCACACAGUUGGAUGGCCCUUAGACAGGCAUACUUACGGAGGCUCUUUCCUCUAUCAUUUAAAUGAAGGUGAACCCCUCGUAGCUCUUGGUUUUGUGGUUGGUCUGGACUAUCAAAAUCCAUACCUGAGUCCAUUCAGAGAAUUCCAAAGGUGGAAACACCAUCCCAGCAUUCAGCCAACAUUGGAAGGUGGAAAAAGAAUUGCCUAUGGAGCCAGAGCUCUCAAUGAAGGUGGCUUUCAGUCUAUACCAAAACUUACCUUUCCUGGCGGUUUACUAAUUGGUUGUAGCCCUGGCUUCUUGAAUGUUCCCAAGAUCAAAGGUACCCAUACUGCAAUGAAAAGUGGAAGUUUGGCAGCAGAAUCAAUUUUUAAUCAACUAACUAGUGAAAAUCUCCAAUCAAAGACAAUAGGGCUCCAUGUAACCGAGUAUGAGGACAAUUUGAAGAAAUCUUGGGUGUGGAAAGAGCUGUAUUCUGUUAGAAACAUAAGACCUUCCUGCCAUGGAGCAUUGGGUUUAUAUGGAGGGAUGAUUUACACUGGAAUAUUUUACUGGAUAUUGAGAGGAAUGGAACCAUGGACCCUAAAACAUAAAGGUUCUGACUCUGAUCAGCUUAAGCCAGCCAAAGAUUGCACACCUAUUGAAUAUCCAAAACCUGAUGGACAGAUCAGUUUUGAUCUCUUGUCAUCUGUGGCUUUAAGUGGUACUAAUCAUGAACAUGACCAGCCAGCACAUUUAACUUUAAAGGAUGACAGCAUACCUGUAAACAGAAAUCUAUCAAUAUAUGAUGGGCCUGAGCAGCGAUUCUGCCCUGCAGGAGUUUAUGAAUUUGUACCUUUGGAACAAGGUGAUGGAUUUCGGUUACAGAUAAAUGCUCAGAACUGUGUGCACUGUAAAACAUGUGAUAUUAAAGAUCCAAGUCAGAAUAUUAACUGGGUGGUGCCCGAAGGUGGAGGAGGACCAGCUUAUAAUGGAAUGUAAACUGCAAUUUAUUUCAUUUCAGGCACAUUUACAUUUAAAAUGUAAAUGUAUAGCAAACUAACAUUAAAAUAUUCAGAAGUUAACAAUUUUCCUUCACAGAAUAACUACUGGUGAAAUAAAUGUUUUAUACUAUAUCUAUGUAAAAUUAUCCCAUAAAAAUUAUGAAACAUUUCCUCUUACAAUAAAACUAAAAAUUAUGUAGCAUUUA